CAUUCAAAGGAAAUGCAUUUGAUGUCAAUGUUGUUCGCACAACGCUAGCCACCAAUUUUUAUGGUACACUUAACGUAUUCAAUGCUCUAUAUCCACUUAUUCGACCAAAUGGUCGUAUUAUUAACGUUUCAAGUAAAGCUGGAAAAUUAAGUGUUGUGAGCAGUGCUUUGAAACAAGAAUUUUUAAAAGAGGAUCUGGAUGUGGAGGGAUUAAUUAAAUUAAUGAAGAGAUUUGAGAAUGCAGUAGAGGCAGGUACUCACGAACAGGAUGGAUGGCCCAGUCAAG